ACGAGCGUGUAUACUUUAAAUGUGUUAAGAGUGUGGGAUAAAAUGCAAAGACAGUUAAAGUGGGAGUUUAACUCAUUCCUGAUGCCAUUGAGAAAUUCAGGGUUCUUCCCGCCAGGUAGGGAGGAGGUUUCAGGAAAAUGGAUCAGGAAUGAGGGAGCCCAGUUGAGAGAUAUAUUGAAAGGUGUAGAAUUGAGAACACUUAAGGAUUUGAAAAAGAAAGAGGGAAAGAUUUUCACUAGGAUAGAUAGUUGGAGUUAUAAUCAAUUAAAAUGUUUUGUGGGGAAAUUGCCUAAGCCUUUGAGAGCGAGUAUAGAUUGGAACUUGUUUGAGAAGUUGUUGGGAUCACGAGGUGAUGGGAAACAUGGCACGGCAAAAAUUUAUAAAAUUCUCACUGAGUUAGAUAUAGGUGGAAAAAAAUUAAUGUAGUAUAUAGAAAAAUGGGCAAGAGAUCUGGGUGUGGAGAUAG